CUCUUUCUCCUUUCAACGUACCUGAAAUAUCUUUUACCAAAGUCUUCCUACAAGAGUCUUCAUAACAAGGAAAGCCAUGGAGCCCACGGGAAGAAGACUUCUGUCGAGAGUUGUGGAUUAUGCCGCCCAGCAUGAGCCGGAGAGACUGUUUGCAGUCAUUCCACGGGGCCUGAACGUAUCUGAUGGCUUCCAGAAUCUAACGAUGAAGGAAUUGGCUCAUGCCGUCAAUUCUCUUUGCUGGUGGAUUGAAAAGACCAUUGGACCGGCAAUCUCCCGGGAGAGGCUGGCUUAUAUCGGGAUGAACGAUGUCCGAUACUGCGUGUUCGUCCUUGCGUGUCAGAAGUUGGGCUACGAGGCAUUUUUACCUUCCACCCGAAACUCGGAUGACGCUCAUGUUCACCUGCUCAAAGCAGCCGACUGCACCAAGAUUUUCUUCAGCGAAGAGCGACGCACUCGAGUCCUCGAAAUUCAAGGGCUUUGUCCGAAUGUAGAGAUUUUCCAAAUUCCCACACUCCGGCAGAUGCUCGCGGAUGCAAAUGGCCGACGAUCUUAUAUCUACCAACAAGCUUAUGAUGACGUGGAAAGUCACACUAUCUGCAUUAUCCACAGCUCUGGAACUACAGGCAUGCCCAAGCUUGUACCCUUGACCAACGGAUUCUUCAAGUGUCAAGAUGAGUGCUCGCGACUACCCUGGCCCGAGUCUCGCCAACCAGCGACGUUCUGCAACUAUAGUCAGGAGGAGAUCGUCCUUGCAACAACCCCCUUCUUCCAUUUGAUGGGCCUGUUCUCGUUUAUCAUGUCGAUCUUCCACAAUGUCCCUGUCUUGAUUGGCCCUGAGAAGCCACUCUCAGUGGAUUAUUUGGUUGAACUCAUCGAUAAGACUAGGCCCACGGCUGGGUUUUUCCCGCCGUCAGUCUUGGAGGACAUGAGCCACUCAGAAAAGGCGCUUAAAUCUCUCGGGACACUCCAUAGCGUGUUCUUUGGGGGGGCGCCAUUGGCGCUUGAUUCGGGUCGUCGCCUGCGCCAGCAUGUACAGGUUGUCUCUGUCAUCGGGUCUUCAGAAAUGGGUUGGCUUCCAGCAUUGAUACCAGAAAGCAAAGAGGAUUGGGCCUAUUUCGAAUGGAACCCAUUUUAUGGAAUUGAAAUGCAAGCUCGAGGAGACGACUUAUUUGAGAUGGUUAUCCCUCGCAGGGAAGACUCGCGCAAUGUGCACGCCAUUUUUCAUACCUUCCCCGACCGAGAUGUGUACAAAACCAACGAUCUGUACACGAGACAUCCCACGAAUUCUCAAUUAUGGAAAUUCCAUGGAAGGUUUGACGAUGUGAUCGUUCUCAGCAAUGGAGAGAAAUUCAACCCAGUGAACAUGGAGAAAACCAUCGAGGGCCAUCCUCUCGUCUCAAGAGCCGUGGUGGUCGGUCAAUCUAGGUUUGAGGCUGGCUUACUUAUUCAACCAACUACCGACGCUUCGCAAAUGUCUCACAAUAGUAUCAUCGAGGAAGUCUGGCCGACAGUUCAAGAAGCCAAUCGAGCUGCCGCCGCCCAUGGGCGAAUCCUGAAAGAAAGGAUCGGACUUGCCUCAAACACCAAGCCCUUCAAAACGACUGCAAAGGGUACAGUGCAGCGGCAAGCUGUACUCCGGGACUAUGAGCAGGAGAUUAAUGCCAUUUAUGAUGCUGAUCUGGCUUUUGACCUGGACGUGCCCUUCCCUGAAACCACGGAUCUCUCGAGCAUUGUGGAAUUUGUUCGUCAAAUAGUUUCUCGGGCAUCUGGUAAAUCUUGUUUCCUCGACAAUCAGAAUAUUCACGAUGCUGGACUCGAUUCUCUCACGACGAUUCAAAUUGCCAAACUCUUGCAGAGAGGAAUUCAACAGCAUCGGCCGGAGACGAAAGAGGGGACAAUUACCUCCCAAGUCGUCUACGCAAACCCGACGGUAGAGGGCCUGGCUCGGUUCAUACUUGGAAUACUGGACGGCGAGAUUGGUGAUGACAUCCCUUGCAAAGAAAAGAUCCAUCAGUUGAUCCAAAAAUACACCACAAGACUCACUGCAAACAGCGACAAACAACUAUCAAGCCAACCUAAAACCCCCUCUGUCGUGGUUUUGACUGGUUCUACUGGUUCUCUGGGAACAUACCUUCUGCAUGACCUUAUCAAGACUCCAACAAUCGCAAAAGUCUACUGUCUCAACCGCUCAGAUGCCGAAACUCGCCAAAAGAAUUCUUUCAGCGAGAAGGGUCUUGGUGUAUCGCCGGAUGAGUGGACUAAAAUCGAGUUUCUCCAAGCGUCGCUGGGCGAGCCCCAGUUCAAUCUGGAACGGGCGAAAUACGAGGAGAUGUCCAGUCUAGUAGAUACCGUGAUCCACAACGCCUGGAAAGUUGAUUUUAAUCAAUCAGUGGAAUCUUUCGAAACACACAUCAAAGGAGUGCGCGUUUUCAUCGAUUUCAGUCUGCAAAGCCGGCAUAAUGCGCAUAUCCACUUCGUAUCCUCCGUGAGCACGGUUGGGGCAUGGACGAGACAGAUGGGAUCGCUUGUGCCGGAGGAACCAAUCGAAGAUUCCGACGUUGCCUUGCAACAGGGUUACGGCGAGUCUAAGUAUGUUGCGGAGCGUAUCUGCUUAGAGGCCUCUCGACGGUGUCAUGUCCCGACGACGGUGUACCGCGUGGGACAAAUUGCAGGCCCUACCCUUCCAAAUGGGCAGUGGAAUCGCCAGGAAUGGCUGCCAACCAUUAUCGCUUCUUCCAAGGCUAUGGGGAAGAUUCCCAGUGGAUUGGGUUCGAUGGCUGUUGACUGGGUGCCGGUGGAUACCUUAUCAUCGAUAUUGACCGAGAUUCUCCACACACGUCACGGGCAGGUUUCGAAGGAGUCCCAUGCAUGCUUCCAUCUCACAAACUGGAACACAACCUCAUGGUCCUCUUUGAUCCCGGUUAUCCGGGAAACUUUCAAUGUAGAGCCAGUCGGGCUUAGAGAAUGGGUCGCAGAGCUUGAGCAUAUCGAAAAUCCGAGCAGUUCUGACAUUGCCGACAAGCCAGCUCUGAAAUUGCUGUCCUUUUAUCGCGCACUGGUUGAUGAAGACAAUGCAGCGAUGUCUGUGGCCCUGGACGUGUCAAGAGCCAAAGCCGCAAGCGGAACAAUGCGAGCCCUUGAACCGAUUUCUCCAGCUUUGAUGAAAAACUGGUUGUCUCAAUGGCGCUUCUAG